CGCCGUUUCAGCAGAAGUCUCAUCAGCAACAACACCAUGUCGAAGAGGAGAACUAGGGAGCCAAAGGAAGAGACCGUCACUCUUGGUCCUUCUGUGAGAGAGGGAGAGCUUGUUUUCGGUGUCGCUCACAUUUUUGCAUCAUUCAAUGACACUUUCAUUCACGUGACUGAUUUGUCUGGACGGGAAACAAUGGUUCGUAUUACUGGUGGGAUGAAGGUCAAAGCUGAUAGGGAUGAAUCUUCCCCAUAUGCUGCUAUGCUUGCUGCACAAGAUGUUUCUCAGAGAUGCAAGGAGCUUGGCAUCAAUGCACUUCACAUCAAGCUUCGAGCCACUGGUGGAAACAAGACCAAAACACCUGGACCUGGUGCUCAGUCUGCUCUCAGGGCUCUUGCUCGUUCAGGAAUGAAAAUUGGUCGUAUAGAGGACGUGACUCCAAUUCCUACUGAUAGCACUCGCAGAAAGGGUGGUAGGAGAGGAAGAAGGCUGUAAGCUUGCUGCUUUUGUCAAGAAUCAAAUGCGGGUUCUUGUUGAGAAUGCUGCAGGUGUUAGUUUUGAUAUGGACUUGAAUCGUAUUCAUCUACUAUGUAGUUCUACUGAUGUUGGCCUUGCCUAUAAAUUUUGCUUCUUUUUCGUGGUUAAAUUUGUGAAACAAUUAAGAGAAAUAUGAAUUUUAGCCUUCUAUCUAUUAGCUGGUUGAGAA